AGGCAGGGGCGGACUGACCAUUUGGAAACUCGGGCACUGCCCGGGGUCAGUAGGGGGCCCCAUGAAAUGCCCCUGGUACCUUUUUCAUAGGCUUUUUUGAGUUUGGGCAAGGACACAGGGGCCCCAUGAUCCCUAUUGCCCAGGGGCCCCAUGAGUUGUCAGUCCGCCCCUGGCUACAGGGCAGCAGAGCUGCGCAAAUCAAGUAUAUAUACGUGAUUUGCAUUUCUGGGUAUGGAGCACAAGAAAUGUCAGUCACAGGCAGGGGCGGACUGACCAUUCGAGGACUCGAGCACUGCCCGAGGGCCCUGGCAGAGAGAUACAAAACAGCAUGUCUCCCUAGUAAAACA